ACAGAUGAUCGUGUGCUUUGCGAGUUAGUUAUUAGAGUGAUCGUUAGGGAACUUCCACGUAGCCUUGUUGAACAAAACAAAGAGCAAAAAUGUCUGGACGAGGAGGAAAGAAAAAGCAGAAGGUGCUCUCCCGUUCGGCCAGAGCUGGAGUUUUAUUUCCAGUUGCCCGAAUGUUGCGUUACCUGAAAAGAGACACACACCACCUUCGGAUUGGAGCCGGUUCUCCAGUGUAUAUGGCCGCAGUCAUCGAAUACCUAGUCGCUGAGAUUUUGGAGCUGGCUGGUAAUGCAGCUCAUGAGUUCAAAAGAGGUAGAAUCACUCCAAGACAUAUCCUCCUUGCUGUCGCUAAUGAUGAAGAACUGCACCAGCUUUUAAAGAAUGUCACAAUAGCACAAGGCGGAGUGGUACCAAAGAUUCAUGCCAUUCUCAUAGGACAGAGAGGAAAGAAGGGAGUCGCAGGGUCUGCAGCACCUUCUUCCAAUGCAACAGCUUCAUCGUCCAUUUCAUCUCCGUCCAAGCUGAUGUCAGCUCGUAAGACAGCAGCUAAGAAGACAGGGAAAGUGAUGCCAAAUGCCACUCCUGCUAGUUCUUCAAAGUUACCUGCGCCUUUACCAUUUAAAGGAAAACCCAAAAAGGCCGACUCAAUACCGGAUGGAAGUGGAGGCUUCUUAACUCUGUCUGAAAAAAAAUUGUUUUUGGGCCAGAAGUUGACAGUUAUGCAAGGCGACCUGGUGAAAACUGUGGCAGAUGCCAUUGUCCACCCUACAAAUUCUACUUAUCACAUGGGUGGGGAAGUUGGCCAAGCUAUUCAACGCGCGGGUGGCAAAGAGUUUCAGCAGGAAGUUGACAGUCUGCUCAAAACACAAGGUUCCAUCAACACAGCAGAAGCCACCAUCUGCCCAGCUCACAACAUAGCAGCCAAGUUUGUCAUCAACUGCAAUGGACCAACAUGGAAGCUUGAUAACGCACAGCAGUUGCUGGACACUUCCAUCAAAAAUUGUUUAAAACUGGCCGAUACGAAGGCUCUGAAAAGCGUGGCUAUACCUUCUUUGGGAAGCGGUCGUGCCGGCUUCCCCAAGCAAACUGCAGCCCAGAUCAUCCUCGCCUCCAUCCGCGACUACUUCUCCAAUGCAAAGACCAGCUCCCUGAAGCAGAUCUUCUUUGUCCUCUACGAUGCUGAGAGUGUCAAUGUCUACACCACAGAACUCGCCCGCCUGGAUGGAUGAAAAUAAAACCAUGAAGCUUAGACUGAGGGACAUCAGUUCUUGUUGGUUUUUUUGAUUAUCCAGUUUUCUGUAUCAUUUUUGUGUCUGUUGUUUCCAUACAACUCCUUAUUUCUUCACCAAAUGGGUACCUGUGUGACCUACAGUCCAAUCCCCGCCCCCCCCCCCCACCCCCCACUUCAUUUUAGUUUUAGAACGUCGAUCCCCCUAAAGUGGUUUUGAUAUUGGAGUAUAUGAAUUACAAAUGAUCUGUAGUAGUUUUGUGUAAGACGUUUGCAUGUUUCUUUUGUAAUUUUAUGAGGGUAAGAACUAUUGGUGAUUUUUAAAACUUAAAAAAAAAAAAUGAUAUGAGUAGUACGUAACCCUGACACACUCUAUAGCUUUUAUUGCUUUGCAUGUCCUUUCUCUGUUUGUAUAUUUUAUUUUUUGGGUCUUUUUUGUUGAUUUUGUUUUUAGCGCUUGUGUUUUUUUAGUUCUUGUUAUUGAAUAUAUGAUGGAAUGAGGAAUGUCGUAUGGUCUUGCAGAGAGAUUUCUGGUGGCGGUUCUUUUUCAGAUGAAUUCCUAAAUCAGUUCUUGUUGAAAGAAAAAAAAGUCAACGCAAAGUCGGAAACUUCAGACAGAUUUUGUCCAGCUUGGCUUGUUGAGUUGGCUGCAAAGAGGAAGCGCUAACAAAUGUUUGAGUUGUUUUCAGAUUGCGGAUCUCUCCCCUUACUUAAAGUAUCUAUGCAAGAGCCUAUCUGCAGAGCAUGAUUAAACCAUUUUGCUUUACUGGGCCUACAGCAUUGGUGGCUUUGACCGUCACGGAGUUGCAGCAAAUGUAUUUGAGCUCUGUAUGUGUCACAACGAGGUGGAAUCAGGCACUCGUCAAUUUUUGGGAAUGUGGAGUUAUUGAUAUCAUCUGAAAGCUUAUUCAUUUGCGUUGUUUUCAAUGAAAGAAAUAUCCUUCUAGCUUGAAUAGAAGUCGAGAUUAUAUUUGUGCUUGAAGGAGCUGGGUAGCUUGGUUUCAGUGGUAAAAUUAAUUAGAAAAUGGCUGCCAAAGUUUGGUAACUUCAAUAGCUUAAGAGUCUUUGAAAACUGAAUAUUACAAAUUUUUUUCCCAAAACAACAUUUUUUAGUAAAAUUUACGUGGAAAUGUGUUUUCAUGUGAGCAUGAAAGGUUCUUAGCCAAAAAAACAAACAAAAUUCGAUCAAAAUUGAUAAUAACCAUGCUGGUCAUCAGCUUUUCUCACUACGUGCUGGAGCAUUGGCCACCAACGAGAGCUUUCUCCGUCUACUUCUGUCCUGGGCUAUAAGUCUCCAUUUUUGGUCAGCUGCUCUGUAUUCUCACCUCAUUUAUGUCGGAAUGUAAGUCGCUCCUCCUCUGAGUACUUUAAGACUUUUGUUUUUUCUCAUUCCUUGUGAUAAUUAUCGCAUUAUGCGGAAAUUGUCCAGGUUCAAGUGAGUUAAUUUUGGGUUGCGAUGAAUGAAAGGAAGAGUUUUUUUUGUAAGUUUCCUUCUCUCAUUCUAAGUCUUGUAUGCAUUCAAACUUGCGGAAGGCAUUUGAUAUAGCCAAGUAAAAGAGAAGACCUUUUGCACAAUUUUUGUUGUACAGUGCUUAGGUAAAAAAUUAUAAAGGUUACUUUUUGGGAAAAGUAACAGACAAAAAGGAAAAUAAAUUUAGGAUAUUCCAGCAGAAUCUGCUUGCUGCUUCGUAGUAAUGAAGAGUAAACAUAGUAGUACAAAAGGUUUUAGCUGUUUUAACUGUGAUACGAAUAACGGUCCAGUUUAUGGGGCGUGGCUGUGGAAGUAUGACUUCGCUGUGUUACAGUGGGGUCAUCUGGUGUGAUCUGAGAAACUGGUGUAGAGUUCUGCAUUUGCUGUUGUCUACUUUUGAGUGUUCUUUGGUUUUGUGAGUGUACCAGGAAAUUUGCUGAAGUAACUGCUAAAUAUCUGAGCCUGAGAGCCUGGCUUGUGUGGAUGCUGCUAUUAAUACCUUAGUUGUCUCACUAGUGGCUUGAGGUAACUAGGGUUGUUGUUUUUUUUCCUUCUCGUUUCUUCUUUUUUUUUCAAAUGACCUGUCAAACAUGACUCUGUGGAUACUUUUGUGUUAUCUGUAUUGUUUAUGUUGUUAAAAAUUCUUUCUUGUGUAGUUUUUUUUAUAUAUAUAUUUUUUUAUUAGAGCUGUGUUUUUGCUUUAAAAGAAGGUGUGUGUUCAGGCUUGAAAAUCAGACCAAUAGUUUUCUGUGUGUGUACCUGAAGUGGUGUUUUCACACACCCCUCCGUGUAAUAAGUACUGUUGUAGGAGAAUGUUAACAUAUAAGUGAUUUUUUUAUCACCACCACUGCUCUUAUCGUUAUCAAUGGCAUCUGUGUAGUUUCCCGGUUUGUUAAAGAGAUACGUACGUACAUGUAUUUAUACUAUAGGCAGCAUUAGGUUCUGUCCUCAUGAUUCAGUUGAGCGAGGUCCAAUCACCACCCAGUUCGUACAUUGCACAUCCAUCAUCAUUUGUUAAUAUAUUCAUUAUUAUAAUCUGUCACUCAUGUCAGAAUUUUUUCUCUCAUCUGAAAGACACUUUUACUCAUAAUUGUCAUAAAAUUCUGCUGGGUUUUGUUUAAAAGACUGGGAUUGUUUUAUUCAAAUAAAUUAAACCUUUAACUUUAACAAACACCACCAUGUUAUAAUGAGUUAUGCUAUAACUAACGAAAUCGGGUCUCUUUAUUUUUGGGGGAUGACAACAUCUUGUGAAAGAACAAGUUCUCUUUUGCUGCAAGUUUUGUGAAAUAGCUUUUAUGUAAUUUGCAAAGUUUUAGAGCCGGGCUUUAUAAUUUACUUUUUGUUCCUACUUUUGAUGCACUCUGUAGCUUUUGAAAUACAUGCAUCUGAAGGAAAAAAAUACUGUAAUUCGUGACACUUUCUUUCUUCAUGCUGACGAUAUUGUAUUCUAUUUGAGUACUUGUUUUCUGCCGUUUUUCUUAACCUCUUGUUGCUUCCUGUAUUUUAGAAACCAUUGUACUCAGAAUGUGUUUUUUUCAUUUUUUGAAUGUCGAGUCCAUCUUUACAGUGCCAUUGUUUCUAUUCUUUCUAGCAUCUUAUCAGAAUGUUUGUCAUUGUACAAACUGAGCAAGUGUAUCUCAUAUUUGCAAACUUCAGUCACUUUGAUGUCUGAACGCAGCAUUGUUCCACCUGUUGCUUUAUACUUGAGUAAAUAUGGCUGUGUUUGUUAAAGAGAUUUUAUCAUCGUUUUAUGCUAAUCAAGAACUCACGGUGAUUUUGUGUUAAAAGGAUUCAUGUGGGAAUUUUUUUUUUUUUGUUUUUUGUGUCAUACUUUGGCUGAUAUACUUUGAUGAAAAGUGAGCUGUGAUUAUUGAGCUACUACUAGUUCAAUGGUACCUGUACCUUUAACCUGCCACGGUUUAAAAAAAAAAAAUGGUACAUAAGCUGUAUUAUGUAAAUCUUUUACUCCCAAGUCAUUGUGAUGUUGAGUAGUGGUGAAAGUCAUCAUUAACUGGUGGUAGUGAUAUGAAAGUAUAUUUUCCCAGUUGAGAAAAAAAAAGAUCAGACAUACUGCAUGGCUCAAGUGAACAUGAUGAACUUUUGUUUUGUCUGUUGUUGGUUUUUGUUGUUUUUUUAAAUUGUAUUUUCUUCCUUAUACCAGUGUGAUGUUAAAAGUCUGGAAUGGAAUGACAGAUACAAGUAUGUCCACAAAUACGUUUAUAUCAUCGCUGUGUGAAAGACCAAUUAUUAACAACUGUUCUCUCUAGAUUAUCACUUGUCAUAACAUUUUAUGGACAUUUACACCCUGCAUUCUUUGCCGUUUUCUUAAUUACAAAUUUUUUUUGGUCUAGAUUUGAUAUGGCGUUUUGGAAAUUUUCUGACCGCAGAACAAGAGCUAAAGAAUAUCAGUGUCGACGGGGUCCAGUUUGGAUUUUAAAACUAAAAUUCACUCAGUUGUACCAACUAGGGCUGCUUUAGAGUGCUCUGCCUUAUGUAUCUUAAGUUAAAGAGGGGGGGGGGGGGGGAGAUACAUCAUAUAUGUAUCUGUGUGUUUGGUACCAUUGUGAAGUCUUACAAUAGAAAGGUGCGUACCCUAGCUCUAAUGUUAUAUAAUCCAUUUUAAUAUUUAAAAAAAGACGGAAAAGAAAAAGUACAUUGAAAAGUAAAAUUGACUCACUUGUACUCUUGUACUUCUUGUAGACUAUUUUGCUUUUAUAACUCUCACUGAAUUGCGAGUUGGGUUGUUUUUCGUAACUGUAAAAAUUCCCAGUUUGCUUUUAAAAUCGAAACAUGCAUCACUCUCUGUAAAAACUGCUUUAAGGUAAGUUAAAAAGAACGUAUGUGCAAUGUGAGAAAAGAUUGCUGAAGUUGCAAUAAAUACAAGUAACUUAUUUAACCUGUGUUAUAUCGUUCUCUCAUCAUAUUCAAGUCAGUGACACUGACAGUAUUUUGGAUGGGAAAUAACCCAAGUCAACUGUAAAACAGCAUAGCACUUACUUGAGUUUGAUGUUUUGUAUAAAAAUCAUUAUAAAAAGUUAAGCACGAUGAGCAUAGGAGUGCCUCUUUUUUAUUAAAAAAAAAAAAAGAAUGUUUCUUCCGUCACAAACAACAGAAGUGAAGAGUCUAUUUGAAAACAGCCUUUUUUGUUCAAUUCAGUAAUGACUUGGAAGGAAAUUGGAGUAAGCUGAUAUUUUUGGAAAGUGCAGUGGACUCUGCUUAAACCGAAAUCUGCAGUUCCGCAGGAUUUUCUUCAGUUUAGCCCAGUUUUCAGUUAAGAGACAUUGCUCAAAUAGCGAAGAAAACAAUUAGGGGGUUCUGUUUUCUUUCGGUUUAUCGCUCUUUACAGAUUAACCGUGUUCAGUUUAAGCGGAUGCCACUGUAAAUAUCGGUGGCUUUGGAAAGGGCUGUUUUUGUAGUACUCACUCGUGGUAGCAUGGGCGUCUUUUACAAGGCUUGGGCACUGAUAAGAAAUGUUUUGUUAAAAUCCAAAUUCUAAAUGUUUUAGAAAGGGGGAAAAAACCAACAUAAUGUAUGUAGGUACGCAUGUUAAAAGAAUGACACAGUUUUUCCUCUCUUCUAUAAAAUUUUGCUUUCUGGGCUUAGAACUGAUGAAUAGUUUGUUGAAGAUAUUUACUAUCGGUAUUUGUCAACACAUUAACACGCUACAUUCAUCAAAAGUACAGGAAAAUUACUUAAAGACUUCAUGUUGAAUACUGACUUAGCAAACACAACAGUACUGUAACUUGUAGUCACAAAAUUUGCCUUGGUAAAUUUGUUCGUCUCACGUUUUGGGAAGCAGUCUUAUAAAUUAAAAUGUUGGCACUUUUUGUUUUUGCUAUUUCAUUUCAGACGUCUUUCAUUUCCAUUUCCAAUUUAUCAUUUCAUGUAGCUCAUUUACUAGACUUAUUUGUCUUGGUGAUGCGUGUGUAGGAAUCACUUUUAAUUGGGAUUCCAGUGAUACUGUGCUAAUUGUUUUGGGCUGUGUCAUUUGCUUACCAUAAUAAAACAAAUCCUUUUGUUCAUACA